CCAGCGUCGGCGCUGCAGGGAGGAGCUGCUGGCGCCCGCCGCUACGGCCGAGCGCGACCCUCCGCACCAUGCCCCGCAUCGAUGCGGACCUCAAGCUGGACUUCAAGGAUGUCCUACUCCGACCCAAGCGAAGCAGCCUCAAGAGCCGAUCCGAGGUGGAGCUGGAGCGCACCUUCACGUUUCGGAACUCCAAGCAGACGUACUCAGGGAUCCCCAUCAUCGUGGCCAACAUGGACACCGUGGGGACGUUCGAGAUGGCGGUGGUGAUGGCACAGCACGCCAUGUUCACAGCCAUUCAUAAGCACUAUACCCUGGAUGACUGGAAGGUCUUUGCCACAAAUCACCCAGAAUGCCUGCAGCAUAUAGCCGUGAGCUCAGGCAGUGGGAAGAAUGAUCUGGAAAAGAUGAGCAGCAUCCUGAAAGCUGUGCCACAGGUCAAGUUUAUUUGCCUAGAUGUGGCCAAUGGGUACUCGGAGCAUUUUGUGGAAUUCGUGAAACUCGUCCGUGCCAAAUUUCCAGAACACACCAUUAUGGCAGGGAACGUGGUGACAGGCGAAAUGGUGGAAGAACUGAUUCUUUCUGGAGCAGAUAUAAUUAAAGUGGGAGUUGGACCUGGUUCCGUGUGCACCACCCGCACCAAGACCGGGGUGGGCUACCCCCAGCUGAGCGCCGUGAUUGAGUGCGCGGACUCUGCCCACGGCCUCAAGGGGCACAUCAUCUCGGACGGAGGCUGCACGUGUCCAGGAGAUGUCGCCAAAGCCUUUGGAGCAGGAGCUGAUUUUGUCAUGCUGGGCGGGAUGUUCUCAGGCCACACCGAGUGUGCUGGAGAGGUGAUCGAGAAGAAUGGGCAGAAGCUCAAGCUGUUCUAUGGGAUGAGCUCCGACACGGCGAUGAAGAAACACGCAGGCGGGGUCGCUGAGUACAGAGCCUCUGAGGGCAAGACCGUGGAAGUGCCUUACAAAGGGGAUGUGGAAAACACGAUUCUGGAUAUUCUUGGGGGACUCAGAUCUACCUGUACCUAUGUGGGGGCCGCCAAACUCAAGGAGCUGAGCAGGAGGGCAACGUUCAUCCGGGUCACCCAGCAGCACAACACGGUGUUCAGCUAACCUCCAGGAGGAGCUCCCCGCCAGGCACACUUGCUCUCCUUUCUUCCUCCUCCUGUUACAUCAGAGCUUCCGGCUGCUCCCCAAUGGCGGAAUGUCUCCCCUUCCUGCCACCUGGAGGCGUCAGGGCUCCCCUAGUGCCUUCUGGGGGCUCAGAAGCAGGGCACUGCUUGGGCCAGUGGUCAAAGCCCAGCUGCCUGUGCAACUCAUAACCUCAUUGUUAAAACUAACACACACUUUUUUUUUUUUUAAAUGGUUUCACUUUAAUAUAAUAUAAUGCUCUUAUCUUACGACUUGCUAGAGUGCUGGCUUUUGCAUUUGCAGGUAAGCUUAGGGGCCAGGGACAGAGUGUCCUACCUCCUUCCCAGAUGGGCUUUUGGUUCCUGGGGAGGGCUGGGGGAUGGGAGGCAGUUCAGGGCCAAGGGGGUUACUGCCAUCCAGCCUCUCCCUCCAGCUUUUAAUUACUGGAAAACAGCACACCUCUUGACUGGGAAGACUGAAAGUUUCCCAUUGAAGUCCUUAUAGAAGUUUGGGAGUUUUAAAGAGGUGAUUGCAAAAUCAGGGAGAGGUAAAGAAAAGAGAUCUGAAAGAAAUGGGUGAAAACCAUCCAAGCAGCAGUCAGGGAACGUUUCAGACUGCGUCUUUUCUGUGCUCCGGUUUCAGCUUGAGGUCACCAAUGCCCCUUUUGUCACAUCAGGCACCUGCCACGCCCUGUGGCCAGGAGGGCCAAGCCUAUCUGUCAGUCCACAUGGCUGUUUGUUUGGAAAAACCAAAGCCAGUGCCGCUCCUACAGACUUUAGAGAGGUGAAAACUGCAUUAUAGUAAAAGCCAAGAACUCCCUGGGAUCGAUUCGAAGCUCCAUGUCUGAGACACCAGCUCCUGCCUUAACUAAUCCUGCUCUGCCCCUAAUUGCAGUGGGUCCUGGGGCGUGGGGGAUGACACAGAAUCUGUCCAUCUAUCUAUCGUGCAAACACAAGAUUAAACAAGCAGCGAGGCUGUGCCCGGGUGGCCUUCCUGUGGCCUGUGUAAGAGUGGGUGGGAGGGAGAGCCUGCGAAUUGUUGGCAUUCCUUGGGGCCGCAUGCCAUGCCUCAGGUUCUUCCUCCCUUGCAGCUUAUAAAGCAGAAGUUCUUCCCUAGUCAGGUUGACCAAUGAGGUCAGUCGCAGUCACUGAGCCCUAAACUUGUCACAACCAGAACUGUUAGCAUCUGACGUUAAAACAGCAGGGUGGCCGUCAUUCACAGCUUGGGUCUCCCUGUAUCCUUACCCCAGCUUGCCCAUAGUGCCCUGUGCAUCUGCUUGACUGUUCUAGAAGAGGAGGGCCAGGGUGGCUUCUGGGCAGGGCUGCCAGGCUUUUCACCAGUGCCCAGGUUAGGACUUUCGCUCUCUACAUUUGUAAGAGAUUUCCGGUGGAGGGUCCCCAGACAGCUAACCAAGAAGACCAAGAGGAGUUAUCCAUCCGUCCCUGGACAAAGUGAAAAGUUGGCUUUCCACCCACAAGCCUCUUCCAUCCCUGCAGAACCUUAAGGCUGGGCGGACCUGAUGGCCACGUAUGCAGAGGGGGUGGGGAGGUCCUUGAAAGUUCUAGGUCCCUGAGGAAUUACUCUCUUGGGCAAUGACACUCAGUGGCACAGUUGGCCUCAGACUGGACAUAGGGCAAACCUGGGGUGCAGACUGAUCACAUGCUGGGGGUCCCCGCUGUGUGAGUUUGUAACACAGGCGACGAAUAAAUGUUGCAGAUCACCGGCCCAUUGACAGCAAAACUACAGAACGCGUCGAUGAUGCUGCAUGAGCCCGCGAAACUACCAAACGCUGUUUAGACAAACCUCUUACGAACAGCUUGUUUUGAUCGGAGAAAUAAACAUGACCGAGCUGAGAUGUCAGAUGCUGAAAUGUGCCUUUUCUCUCAACCUCGUAUCAAGCACAGCCACCUCACCCCAUCCGCCAAGAAAAAAAAAGAGUAGCAGAGGCAAUACCAGUGCUACUUCUCACCACCACCAACCUACCUGGGGUCCCCGGUGGGUAAGGAAGGCGACACCAAUCACUGCGUUCUCAGCCUUGUCUCCGAGGCCACCCACAAAGGCAAUGACACAUUUGCAAUUGGCACUGUUAUUUUAUUAGUACGAGUAUACUGAAACAAUAAACUUGUACUGGUAUACAGACAAUUUAUUUAAAACAAUUUUGUUCAAAUUUUGAAUCAAACAUUGUUUUAUUAUAAUAAUGAAAUAAUUUCUACCUAGAAAACCUGCAAGCACCAUCAAAGGAAGGGACCAUAAAAUUCAAUAAACAGACUCGAGUGUAUCCUACAAAUAGACACACCACGAUUAGAAAAUAGAAUAUGAAUUCUUUCAUUUUUUUUUUAAUAUUUGUUUUAAAAAAGCUAGUGCAAGUACAAUAUUUUACACUGGAAUUACAGAGAGUAUGCACGCAUAUGGAAAAAAGUUCUCCUGUCACAAUAAAAGCUCUUAACUAUGUAUGCACUUAAAAUUUUCUUUUCAAUAAGGUGCAAAACAUCAUUCCUUCCCUCGUUCUCCUCUGUACUGGCCAUGUCAGUCUGAUAGUGCCCUCAAAGUUCUGGUGUCUCUUUUCCCCCUGGCUGAUGGGAGGCAUAGGAUCGAAGUUUGGAGGAUAAUGACCCAAUAGUACGAAUCUCAGAGAUGGCUCUGGGGCCGGGACCCCACUGGCUAGAAAUCAGGACGAUCUCAACCCAAAGCCACCAGGAAUACCGCCACCAGGGCUCUUGAAAGUGCCUUACAGCUGACAAUUUGGGUUUACAGGUGAGUGGUGAUGGCUUGGAGAGGAUGAAACAUCUCCCAAAGACCCAAGAGGCAGUAUUUACAGAACCCAACGAAUGCCCAGGCAUCAAGUGUAGGAUUCACUGACUAAAGAUCGUACCCCAGUCCUGCCCUGGAGUCUGGUUCUUGUAUGAACCAGAUGAAGCUGAUACAGCCCAUUUGGUGACUGCUCUUUAAAGACAACAGCCUUCAGCUUGUGUAGCCUCGGUUAUUCUAUUCGGAGGGCAGUGUGUUAUCUCGGCAAGGGUUACUGUAAACAACACUUCCAGAGAAGGCCUUCAGACUGGCCAUGGAAAAGGAGACAGGCUCAUCCAGACAGCAAACCAACCAAGCAAAGGGUAAGAAAACUUGGGUGAAGUCUCCAAUUAUCUGCAGUGGAAGACUUGAGUCCUUUCAGAUAAGAAAAGUUACGGAAAUGCUCAGAGACUGUUAUUGUAUAGACACUACCUAUUGGCCAAAUGCACUUAAUUUUAAUACAGCUGAACCAUUUGUAUGCAAGUCGUGAGGACAUGAGAGACGAAAGCCGCUGUUCCCUCCUGCCAUGGUACAGGUGAGUGUUAGCUACCAGAAAAAUUGCAUUCAACAGUGAGGGAGGGGCCGAGAUUCUGAAUUUAGGAACUGUUGCUGUGGGUGGGUUGACUCUACAAUCCCACAGCUCUCCAGUUUCCGUUGGCUGGCUUAAUUUUUGGACAGAAUAUGACUUCUGAGAAGUUGCUCCAUAUUGAUUCUGGCCUCUUACUAUUACAGAGAAACAAACUCAAAUGAGGCCUUUCCGUUAAGAUACAUGUUUUAUCCCCCAUGAAAAUGAGGUGUGGGGGAAAGAAGGCUGAACUUUGUUUUGUCCUCAUCAUGAGUACUGUCUUAUGGGUAGCUAGGAUCCCUUGUUACAAACACUUCUUGUUCAUGAUUAUAUUCUUUGGGUUUAGUGGAACAGGAAGUGCUGACAAUGUCAAACCUCAUCUCUGAAGAAAAAGGAGUUGCAAUGGCUUAAGAGUUUCAACUAAGAAGGGAGCUCAGAGAAGUAUUUUCAAUAUAGGAAUGAACAGUAUUCUCAAAUUGCAGAAUACAGAAGAGGGCUCUGUGUAACUAAACAUAAAGUAAGCAUAGAUAUAGUUUAAGAGCCUUUUACGUAGUAAUUCUUUCAGGCCAUAACCAUACAAAUCUGAUCAUUUAGACAUGACAAAUUUCUAUAUACAAAAAAAAAAAAAAAA